AUGUUGGCAAAAUUUAUUUUAUUCGCAUUUAUUUCAUUGCAUUAUGGUUAUAUGGGAAGCGCAUUUAGUUUUGGUGGUAAUCCAAACGUUACUCAUCUUACUCCAAAUGUCUCCGUGCCUAGAACAACCAUCUUGUAUUCGACACAGAUUGAUUUGUUUUUAAAUGUUUAUAAUCGUGCAGUCAAUACGACACAUAAAGAGACAUUAAAGGUACUCAGUGGCACUACAACUCUAAACUCGACUGAUCGUUGUAUUGCCAUGGGUAUAUCUUUCGAUCUCUGGGGUCAAUUACCAAUACAAAAUCCUGGAGAAACUAGAAACGGUGGUUGCGAUGCACUUUGGGGAGAAGAAUGUUCAAAAAACAUUCUUGCUACAUUGAUGAGUUCGUUUGGAAAUAUCGAAAAUUCAAACUGUGGAGUUCCAAUACCAGACAUUCAAUCAAAACCUCCUCCAGGUUGUCCAGCAAAGAAUUCGUCUAGUAGUGGAAUAGCUAGUAUAGUAUUUCUUCGUAAUGGUUCUUUUAUGCUAGGUGAGCCAGGACCAACAGAUCCAUCAAAAGCAUGGGUAUAUUUUCAAAGUAAUCCCUCAGUCGAUGGUGAUUAUGAUAAACUUAUGAAAUAUUUUGUCUUUACAUAUUUUGUUGGUCGUCCUUAUUCAUCAGGCAGGGCCGACGCUACAAUUUCUUGUAUGUCUGUUUUUAAUAAAACCACAGGACCAGAUGGCGAAAAUUCAACGACACAAUUGACCGUAUCUGGAAACAUUUUGAUUUUUGUCUCUUUAUUCGCUAUUUUCUUAAAUAUCGGUCUUUAA